AUGGCUCCCAUCGCACAAGCCGUAACGGUGUCGUUGCAGGAUCUCAAGAAUGGGACAGUCCCGUUGGAGGCGCUCAACGAAGCCUUCGGCCCUGACUCUUUGGGAAUUCUGGUCGUCAAGGAUGUGCCCCCUGAGUUCGCCGAGCUGAGGCGUCACUUGUUGUCGUACUCGUCGUACCUAGGGAAUUUACCCAAAUCUGAACUGGACAAGCUCGAGAAUGAAAAGGCCAAGUAUCUGACUGGUUGGUCCCUCGGUAAGGAGACACUCAAAAACGGUCAGGUAGAUACGCUGAAGGGGUCCUUCUACGCCAACUGCGCCUUCUACGUCGACCCGGAGCUGUCGUGUGCUGUCCCAACGGAGCAGUUCAAUCCGGAAAACUUCCCCGAGUACCUCUCACCCAACAUCUGGCCCGGCCAAGCCACACUCCCCGGGUUCAAGGAGACAUUUGAGGACUUAUGCCGCCUGAUUAUCGACGUAGCCGUCCUCGUCGCAAAAGCGUGUGACAGGUUCGCCGAGAAGGAGAUCGCCGGAUACCCCAGUGGCUACUUGGAGCGCGUCGUAAGCACUUCCACCACCACCAAGGCCCGCCUGCUGCACUACUUCCCCGAGGACCCAACCAACGAGCCGGCCCCAGUGGCCAUGUCGGACGCGGUCGCCAACAGUAACGACCCGGACGAGGACGACUGGUGCGCAACCCACCUCGACCACGGCUGUUUGACAGGCCUGACCUCGGCCAUGUUUGUCGACGAGUCCCAGUCGAACCCGCUGGUGGCCACACCCGAGAUCGAGCCGGCAUCGCCCGGCCUGCCGCACCUGGUGCCGCUGCCCGAGCUCGAGACGUCGCCGGACCCGGCCGCUGGGCUGUACAUCAAGUCGCGCACCGGCCAAACGGUGCAUGUCAAGAUCCCACGCGACUGCAUCGCCUUCCAGACGGGCGAGGCUCUGGAGCGCAUCACCGACGGCAAGUUCAAGGCCGUGCCGCACUUUGUGAGGGGCGCGAGGGCGGCGCUGAGCGAGGGCCGGAUUGCCCGGAACACGCUCGCCGUGUUUACCCAGCCGAACCUCGGUGAGAAAGUGGACAUGGAACAGCACAUAACCUUUGGCGACUUUGCCAGGGGUAUUGUGGCCAAGAAUACCGUGUCUUGA